AAAGUUGAUUUUGAAAUUGACCGCUGUGCACAAAGCAGUGAAGAAGCAAAGAAACUGAGAUACAUUCUUGGAUUAAAAAAUAAUUCUUGAGAAAAUCCUUUUGGUUUUGUUUGGAAGUAAAAGAUUUCAAUUUUUUUUUUGUUUUCGAAAUAUUCGAAUUGUUUGUGUUUUAGACAAUUCGUUUAAUUGUGAUAAAUAAAAGUUCAAUUGUGUUGAAAUAAUAUUUGAGAUACAAUUUUGUAAAAUUUACAGCAAAAUGAAGUUCCAAUUAGUAAUUUUAUCCGCCCUUUUAAUAAGCGCAUUUGCUUUACCCGUGCCAGAUGAGGAAGUCUCACCUGUGCAAUCAGUUGUCUCAGAAGUUAAACCCGAAGUAGUUGUCAAGUCCGAAGAGAAACCAGUUGAAGUUGUUAAACCAGAAUCACGUUCUGCUGAUGAGCUUGCUCCACUCGUACCUCUUGCUCCAGCUGCACCAGCCACCGAUGUACCACUUGCACCACCAGCCUUAACAGAAGAAAAGAAACUUGAAUUGGCUGCCAAUGCACCAGAUGCUGAGAUUACACAAGCCGUGCCAGAAAAGAAAGAGGAAAAGCUCGCUGAAAAACAAUUGCGCGCUGAAAAAGAAUCCGAAACCGUUUCAUCAGUUCCAGUUGUAGAUGCUCCAGUUUCAGCUGUUGAGACCACAAAGCAAAUCGUUGAUGAAAUUAAACCAGCCGUGCAGGAAGUACAACCAGUUGGAAAAUCAUCUGAUUUAGGAGAUGACUCACCAAUUGUUGCUGAAGCACCCAAUAAAGAAGAAAAUAAUGUUGAAAGUGCACCUGCAGUUAAAUCUGAACUUGUACCAGCUGCAUCAAAUGUCAUUGAAGCUGUUGAACCUGCACCAAUUGCUGCUGUAGCUGAAGAGAAGAAAGAAGAAUCUGCUAUUCGUCAAGAACGCCGUGGAGUUGAAGUUGAAAAAGUUGAAGAAGUCCAGGUAGCUGAAAAUAAAGUUGUUGAUAAUGUUGCCGUUGAAACACCCGUAGAAGUUGUGCCAGUUCUUAAGAGUCUAAAAUCUGAAGAACCCAGCGUAGCUGAAGUAACAAAACCAGUUGAAGCUGUUGCCGUACCAGUACCAGAAGUUAAAUCACUACCAGCCGAAGAACCUAUUGCCGAAGCUACUGAACCAGAAGCCGCAAAAAUUGCUGCACCAGCGCCACUACCAGCACAAAAGAAAAUUGAAGAUCCACAAGCACCAGCUGGUGAUAUACCACAACCUUCUUCUGAAGAACUUGCAAAAUCUCUGCCACAAGAAAAAUCGGCUGAAAUUCCCGCACCAGAAGCACUACCAGUUGCUCAACCCGAACCUGCUGCAUCUGCCCCAGCACCAGCACCAGUAGCUGAACCCAAAAAAAUUGAAGAACCCACUGCCAGUAAACCAACAGAACAACAAAUCACACCAGAAACGAAAGCAACUAAAGAAGAGAAGAAAUCCGAGGAGAAACAAACUUCUGAAGAGAAAUCCGCUGAAAACAAAAAAUCCGAAGAAUCAAAGGAAACCGAAGAAUCCAAAGAAAGUGAAGAAUCCAAGGAAGAUAAAACCAAUUAAAUGCGUUAAGUCAGCUUAAUGGCUUAAGGUUUUCCCCCCACUACCACAAUUAAGCAAAUAAAUAUAAACAAAAAAAGAAAAAAACAAAAACAAAAACAAAAAGAAGAUAACUGCAUACUUCUCUCCCGCCCACACAACAUACGCAUCGUGUGAUCAUUCAUCUUAUAGCUGCUCAUUCUCCUAACGUUCUCACUUGGUUACAAGCCAAUUGUCUUAAGUAUUUAGUUAGUUACUUUAAGUUGUAAAAAUAAAACUGAAGCAAAAACGGACAGAUUCCAGGGACCGAUACAUUAUAAUGGCUCAUAAGGAAAGCAUAAUGUAAGGAAAAUAAAUAAAAACGGAAAAGUUAGAAAUUAAUUAUAAUUUAACAUAACAUAAUACAUAAUAAUAAUAUUAUUAAUGAUAAAUAAAUAUUUUAAUUAUAUUUUUUUAAAUAAAUCGGCUUAUUAACUUUAAAACAACAAAUACAACAAAUACAACGACAAAAACACAAAUACAUGCACAAACUGACACACAUACGCACAUAUACACAACACAAGCACACAAGCACACAUUCACACACAGUGAAAUAUACAAGGACAAACCAAUAAGAUGGCAAGAAAGCAAUAUAAUUAAUUAAACAUAUGCUUACUUAUUAUUAUGCAUAACAAGUAUUUAAUAAUUUAAUUACAUUUAAUUAAUUAACAAAUUAAGUACACUCCAACAGCACAUAAAUGACAAAAUUAUUUAAUAAGAACAAGAAAAAAAUUAAACUUAAUUUAGUCAUUCCACACUUAACAGAAGACCGGCAAGUAAAUGCAUUACAAUUGUAGUUAAUUGCUAAUUAAUUAAUUAAUUGAAUUAAUUACAGAGUAGUUACAGACAGCUUUAGCUGAAAUGCAAACAAUGCUCAAGGACGUUUCGAGGAAAGUGAAAAGAGAAUGUGGGGGUAUAACCCACAAUCUUUAUUGAUCUUUCUUAAAGGCCAACACUGCAAUAGUUAAUUUACAAUAAUUUUAUGUAAAAAUUUUGCGAGUUGCACAACAACACGGCACAUUACAUAUUACACAUUACACACUAAUUGCACUUUUGUAUUGAAGAAUUGAUUUCUACUUUGUAACGUAUGAUUAUCUGAAUUAUUUUAUGAUUACUUUUAAACAAUUAAUUAUUUAUAAUUUUAUGUUUUGAAUAAUGUUUUGUGCGUUAAGUUAGUUUACAAUUUAAUAUUUACGUAAAAAAAUAUGUUAAUUUUAUUUAAUGCUUUGCUUUGCGGAAUUAAUUAUGCAAAGGCAGCGAUCGUCAGCGUGAAGGAGAAAAUUUUAUAGAAGUUCUUGAACCGUCGCAAAAAUCUCA